GCGAUGCAAGCGUGCUGGAUCAUCGGAAGUUUCUAUCAAAAAUCCGCUUGUGUUGCUUUUGUUGGUCGCAGUCAGUGAUGCAGCGGGAUGUACGGUAACGUCACAGAGGAGGGCGUUGGAGCGUCGCGUGCGCAGGCGCAUAUAGCAGUACUCCUUACACUCUACGUCCUUGUCUCUAUCAUUGGUAUUAUUGGUAAUGUUAGUCUUAUGGCCGCCCUUGCAUCCAACGGUGCUUCCCGGCUGCGAACACCUCAGCUCCUAAGCGCGUGUGCUGCUGAUCUACUCGUGUGCGCUGCCAGUGCGCCGCUUGCUGCCACCAGGGCAGCGAGAAUACACCAUUUACCCUGCCAUGUCACGCAUUACAUUGAGUCAUUACCAGUAGCCGCAAGUACACUGUCGCUAGUAGCAAUAGCAGCAGACCGAUGCAGUGCGGUGCGGCGCAGACGCGGCUCUCUGUGUGCGAAACCGUUCUUAGCUGUUGGAGUUGUAUGGACCACGGCUUUAUUGCUUGGAGCUGUCACAGUGAUAGCCACGUGCUUAUCAUGUCCGCCACUGGCCGCUGCACACGCUAUAGUCACCUACUGCAUGCCAGUAGCUGCUGUCACUCGAUGCCACUGGAGUGUUCGAGUCAAACUCACAGCUCUAUCUCUAACGGCAAGAGCUGCUCACGGUGAACUGCCACUACCAGUUCCACUAAUACGACGACCAACCCACGUGAUCAUUGUUGCCGGUGUCGGGGCUAGAGAACGUCGUGACGCAGUUGAUGUUGGUGAUGUCAGAGCCAAGAAACUUCAGCCGAGCCUCCUUGGCCCACAGCCAGCAACGUCAACACUAAGAUCUAGGAGACGUCUUGGCAACGUUUUGAUUGGCAUCGCCGCAAUAUUUGCCGCUUGUUGGUGUCCACAUGCGGCUAUUAUCAUAUGCAGCGCAUUUGGAUUAAACGUUCCAAUAAUAUUAACACAGUAUGCGCUGCUGCUUGGUCAUGCGCACUCAGCUCUGAAUGCAGCAGCGUACUGGUUGUUGAACAGACAUGCGCUGACAGCCGCUUGUGCUGCAUGGCGUAUUCCUCAGUUGAGGGUUCGUGAGGAGAGACCUUCAUCGACGAACGAGGCCGCGCUGGGCGCGUUUCAUCCUCGUCUAGCUCGCCCGGCUCCGUCGCCACGUCCUCCUCCCUCUAGCUUCUUAUAUUGAUGUCCAUCUAUCUUCUAAGCUGUCUCGAUCUGUGAUUCCUGUCUCUCAGUGCCUCGUAUAGUCUACGCAAGUGCGUCUCGUUUU